AUGGCUUUUAUCACCAUGGAUAUCGACGGCCGCGCAGAGCGUCUCUACGGCUAUGUGAUCCCAGGCCUUGAAUUCGAUCUAAUCCUUGGAAAGGGUUGGGCGGAACGAAAUGACGUCGUAUACAAAGCUGGAAAGCGCUUCUUGCAAAUCGGCCGCGGCAACAGUCGCGUGAAGGUUCGUGAGAGUGGCUGGAUGGACAAGCAACAGGUCAUCGAUCGUACCAAAGACCUGCGUGACGCGAGACUCGUUUCCGCCAGCGUCUUCAUGGCGACAACGAAGCGCAUGCGCCGCCUCAAGAAAGACGCCCACCUUUUCUCAGUUACCAUCGCCGACAUCAACAAAGCUCUCGCCAAGCUCAGCGAGAAGAAAGCGAAACCGACCCUUGAACAACUCCAGCAAGACGGCCGAAUCCACAAGAGAUCAAAGAUAGAUAUCUGGGAUCAUGCCAUCAACCUCGAGAAAGACGACGAUGGUCGUGAUAAACGCCCACCGUUCGGACCACUCUACGAGAUGUCCCGUGACGAGCUCCUCGUGCUACGAAAAACUCUGACUGACCAUCUUGACAAGGGCUGGAUCCGCGCCAGCAGUUCACCCGCCAGCGCGCCUGUCCUCUUCGCACGAAAACCAAGUGGCGGUCUUCGCUUCUGCGUCGAUUACCGCGGCCUCAACGCCAUUACGAAGAACGACCGUUACCCUUUGCCGCUGAUCCGAGAGACCCUCCGCAACCUCGCCACUGCCCGAUGGUUCACCAAGCUUGACGUCCGCGCCGCUUUUCACAGACUUCGAGUCCGACACGGCGACGAAUGGAAAACCGCCUUUCGCACACGGUAUGGCCAAUUCGAAUGGCUGGUAACACCGUUUGGUCUCACAGGCGCGCCCGCGACCUUCCAGCGCUAUAUCAACUCGCACCUCCACGACCUCCUCGACGAAUUCUGCUCAGCCUACAUGGACGACGUCAUCAUCUACAGCGACGGCGACUACCUUGACCACAUGACCAAGGUCCGUACAGUGAUGGAACGCCUCCGCAAUGCCGGUCUUAAACUCGACCUCGAAAAGUGCGCUUUCGCCGUGAAAGAAGUCAAAUACCUAGGAUUCAUCAUCAAAGCCGGCGAGGGCGUGACGGUCGACCCGGAGAAAAUUCAGGCUAUUCGUGACUGGGAGGCGCCCACAACAGUGACAGGUUUGACCAAAUGGAAUUGGGACGCUUCAGCGCAGAACGCCUUCAACAAGCUCAAGGAACUCCUCAUCACCUCACCCGUCCUCGCGAUGUUUCACUCCGACCGCGAGACUGUACUCGAAUGCGAUGCCUCCGGAUGGGCCGUUGGCGCCGUCCUCUCAGCGAGACGAAAGGGUAGACUGCGACCAGUCGGCUAUUUUUCACGCAAAUUCUCCGCUGCGGAGGUGAACUACGACAUUCACGACAAAGAACUUCUCGCCAUCGUCGCGGCAAUGGAGCACUUCUCAGGCGAGUUACGCAGCGUUGACAAAUUCAUAGUCGUCUCAGACCACAAGAACCUGCAAUACUUCAUGACCAACCGCCGCCUCUCCGAACGCCAGCCGGACUUCCUCUCUCGCCGCGCCCAAGACCUGCCCGCUAACGGCGACGACGAGCGCCUUAAAAACCGCGAAUUCCAGCUGCUUAAAGAUCAUUGGCUACCUCCACGCACCGUCAAGCAUCACCAAGGCGACUACAUUCUUAACCAACUCGUCAGCGCGUUGCUCUGGGACCGCGGCCUGAUCGAAGACGGCGAGUACCGCAACAUACACGCCUCUGUUGUCCAAGGCAACGCCACCUUCCCUUCGGAAUACAACCUUUCUGUCCAGGUACCUGACUGCGAAAUCGACGACCGCGGAGCAUUGCUCCGGCGCGGCGCUUUAUGGACACACGACUCUCACAUUACGGGUCACCCUGGGCGCGACGUUACGCUCAACAUUCUUCAACGGAGCUACUUUUGGCCCCAGCAAUACCUUAUGGCCCCCGAUUUCUGA